AUGCAGUGGACUCUAAUCCUCCUACUUGGUAGCUCCUUGGCUGAAACUACUUGGGGCUGGACGUACCACUAUUCAAACACAACCAUGACCUGGGCCGAGGCUCGAAAGCACUGCACAGACAAUUACAAAGACAUGGUGGUCAUCCAAAGCCAGGAGGAGAAUGACUUUCUUGUCUCCCUGCUGCCAAACAGAACUGGGACACCAUAUUAUUGGAUUGGAAUCACCAAAACCCACAUGAAUGAAACCUGGACCUGGCUGGGCAACAACAGCACGUGGAUCGGCAACGAGUCGUGGGCAGAGAACGAGCCCAACAAUAACUACAGCACAGAGUUUUGUGUGGAGAUCUACGUCAAUAUAGCCAAAAGCCGAGGGAAGUGGAAUGAUGAGAAAUGCUCCAAUAAGAAAUAUCCCGUUUGUUACAAAGCCCAGUGUAACGACACAGCAUGCGGCCGAGGAACAUGUCGGGAGACGAUCAACAGCAUAACCUGCCACUGUGAACCUGGAUUUAAAGGAGACAGGUGCCAAACAGCGGUGGAAUGUCCUCAUCCGCCCCAGAGUGAUAACAGAGACCUAAGCUGCUCAGAGGGAAAGCAGACAUUUAACUCAACCUGUCAACUAAAAUGCCAUCUCGGCUUCAUGCUGACGGGGUUAUCAACCAUUACCUGUGGGGCCAAUGGGGACUGGAGUGGCCCAAGACCUAUUUGCACAAGCUAUAAACAUGCUCUUCUAGCUGUGGUUGGGUGCGGCGCCCUCUCAGCCGUCUGCUGCGUCUGUUGUUGCUGGAUGAAACGCAGAAAAAGUCAGUGUUUCUCCACCACUUUCAAUAGAAAUCAGAGAUGCAAUGCAAUCUUAUUGCAACACUUCAAUCUGUUUGCCCGUUCAUUUCUUGCAGGGAAGAAACUUGCCCAAGGAAGGUCAGUGUUGAAAUACGACAUAUUUGUACAAAGCAGUUCCACCCACUGACGCACCAUUUGUGGCCUUCGGGAUUUAGAAAGUUGAUUUACAAACAUGAGAGUAACUUUGAAUCUGCUUGUU